GGGCACAUGCCUGGAGUAACCACACCCCUGUGCUGACACAGCUGAAAAUGCAGAGAGGGCAGGAGUGAAGAGGAACAGGGCUGCCCAGGGACCAGGAAACAAGGAGUUACAGAAGCCAUGCCCCAGAACAGCCCUAGAGACCUACAGUGUCACGUAGCAACACUUCACCUUCCAGGAGCACACAAGUUGUACCAGGAACGCAGCAGGUUUGGCCCCGCUCACAGCAACUUGCAGGAUAAAGAUUGGUCUUGGGCAGUGACAUCUGCCAGAGACAAGUCCCCUAGGUUUACUCUGGAAGGACAGGAGUGGAACUUAGGACCACCCCUAUGGCUGAGCAGCCCGUCCCAGAGAUAGGCCUGCUAGCCCAGGUGCUGGCUGCAGCCAACACUGAAGCCCCUUCACUCCGCGCUGCACGCCGUGGCUCCCAGCCCGCAGCCCCAGCCCGGGGCACUGAGGACAGCAAACCGCCCCCGCUGCUCUCCCGCCGCAACUCCAUCCUCAGCCGCCGCAGCUCAUUCGGGAUGGGCCCAGGGAGCAGGCGUCCCUCCUGGAUGCUCCACAGACGUGUUAGCUUCUCUGGGCUCCCGAUUUUCCAACCCGUCCUCAAGACCCGCCUUGAAAACACUUACAGGAUGGGGCCGGACAAAGGCUGCAAGUUUGAUGCGGAGCGGGUGCAGCGGGUGCUGGAGGGGACGCUGGCCUGCGCCUUGGGGAGCACUGUAUACAGUGCCCAGGGCAGUGCCCCACUAGCCCAGAGCCUGACUGAGCUGCUGCAGAACCAGGCCAAGGAGGUGGUGCCGCCCCGCUACAAGCUGGUCUGCCACGUGGUGCUGGGCCAGCAGGGCCAGCAGAGCCUCUUGGUGGCCAGCCGGGGACUAUGGAACCCUGAGACUGACAGCUUUGCCUCUGCCACCUUCUCCAACGCCUCCCUCUUUGCCGUGGCCACAGUGUACGGGGUUUACUUUGAGUAGCACAUGCCUCUCUGUCCACCCAGUUUUGUAGAGCUGUAGGGAGAGAGCAGCUGAAAUAAAGAGGUUUUGUCCAGAUGUGUGUCAUACCUGGAGUCUUGGGC